CACUAACGAAUCGCACGUGUUGCAUUUAAAAAAUUGUUUUUCUCCGCAAAAAUUACAUUUAAUUGACAACGCAAAGAUGGUUAAAGUACAGAAACCACAGCCAAAGUCGCUGAGCAAAAGCGCCAGCAUUGAGGGCGUGGCCAAGAAGAAGAAAACCACGGAAAAAGGCAAGCUGGCGCAAGCAGCCGUCCUGGAAGUAGCGGCACCCAUCAAAAAGGGCAAAAAUGCCGCUCCGAAAAAAGUGGACGUCACUGAAAAACCCAAAAAAGAACAGAAAAAACCUGUUGAGAAGGAGAAACAGCAAAAGGCCGCCAAGAGGCCCUUGGUAAUAGCUCCUCCAGAGUCGCCAGCUGCAUCCCCAGUUGCUGUGAAAAAGUCAAAAGGAAAGGCCGCCGCUAUUCCUGCGACUCCUGCCGCCAAGAAGCCGUUGAUUUUGGCGCCAUCUCCUUCGCCCGCUAAACCAGCGCCUGCCAAAAAGGAAAAGAAAGGCAAACCUGCACCAGUUGAGGCGGCUCCCAAGAAGUCGAACAAGAAAUCGACUGUAGAGGAAGCUCCUGCAAAGAUAGAAGCUCCGGCUAAGAAAGCAGCUGCAGGCAAGAAAGUGGAUACAGUUUCCGGCAAGAAAGCGGAUUCAGCUUCAGCUAAGAAGGCAGUAGAAACACCUGCUCCGACUGCCCCCAAGAAAGACAACAAGAAAGCAGCGCCAGCUAAGAAAACAGAGGCAGCACCCGCCAAGAAAACGCCUGAAGUUCCAGCCAAGAAAGCAGAACCAGCCAAGAAAGCCGCAGCAGCCAAGAAAACGGUAGAGGCACCAACUAAGACAGCAGCUCCUGCCAAGAAAGCCGCAGCAGCCAAGAAACCCGUAGAGGCACCAACUAAGACAGCAGCUCCUGCCAAGAAAGCCGCAGCAGCCAAAAAAACUGUGGCGUCACCAGUCAAGACAGCAGCUCCAGCCAAGAAAAUAGUUGAAGCGCUAGCUAAAAAGUCUGAGAAGGCAUCCAAGCAAACGACAAAGGCGGUGCCAGCAGUAGCUGAAACUGCCAGCAAAAUAUCCAAACCAGCCACAGCAUCGCUUCAGGCGAAGACCAAGCCACUUAAGAAACUCUCCAAACCAGACAAGUCGCCGAAAGCUAAGAAGGCAGGCAAGAAGAUCGCCACAUUGGCCAAGGGAAAGUCCAACAAAAAGGCCAAGAAGCCUAAGAAGAAGCCCGUCGCGUUGCAAUUUGAAUUGAAGCCCUUUGAUGAGCAAAAGUUCCGGGACAUUGUCUCCGAAUCGAAUGUGCUGAAGAUGUGCCAGGCCCUCAAGACCCAAGCGGCCGAAGAGGUGGCCAAGAAAAAGUCGGCCUCGGUCUUCUCCGACUACCGCUACAUACUGCAGGUGUGCAGCUACAAGAUACCCAGCUGCCCCAAGCGUGUGGUCAAGCUGGGACUGAAGCACUCGCUGGUGGGUAGCGACGAUGAUGUGGCCAUCAUUGUGACGGACUUGCAGCGCGGUGCCAAGUUUGACUUUGAGCCCACCAAGGCCCACUACGAGGAUCUGUUCAGCGAGAUUGGCAUCAAGCAGCGUCUGACUGUGGUGCCAUUCAAUCAGCUGCGCAACGAUGUGAAUAGCUUUGAGGCCAAGCGCAAGUUCCUCAACACCUAUGACUACUUAAUGUGCGACGGCAAGCUGUCGGGACAGGCCAGUGCCUUUCUGGGCAAGUUCACCCAGAAGCCACGCAAUGUCCUGCAUCCGGUGCGUCUGAGCAAGGACAAUGCACAGCUGCAGAGGGAGCUAUCGCGUGCUCUGUGCCGCACCGCUUACAGGCAGCUGAGCAAGGGCGAUCUCACCGCCAUCCCAGUGGGCAAUCACGAGCACAGUGCCGAACAGCUGGCGGAGAAUAUUCUGUUGGUGACCAAGCAACUGGAGACGGUCUAUCCUGGUGGACUGGCCAACAUUCGUUCGCUGUAUGUCAAAAUUGACAUUGUCGGCACCUCGGCCCUGCCACUGUACAUCAGCAUGUGUGCCGCCCCAGCAGACACGCCGUAUGUGGUCGGACCACGCGAGCAGCGUAUGCUGAAACUGAAGAAGCAGGCCAACGAGGUGCUCUCCCGGUUCGCCCUUACCAAGGAUGCCGAAUUCGUAAAGUUGACUUGGCAGCAGGUGAAGCGCAAGGCAGAGAUUCGCGAAGAGAAGGCGGCUCUCUUGGCGGCCGAUGCGGCUGGAGUAGCUGCUCCUUCUAAGGAGAACGACGGUGAGGACACUGUUGUGCCCACAAAAAAAGCACGCAAAGAAUCGACGAGCGAGGCAGCCAAAAAUGAGGCUGAAUCGGAUGACGAUGAAGUCGAUGAGGCUGACUCGGGCGAAGAUGAAGGCGAUGAGGACGAUGAGAGCGAUGAAGAAGUCGACGACGAUGACAGCGACGAUGAUGAUGAUGAGUAAGCGUGCCUUUUGGCAAAUUUACUUUUCUUUAGUCGUAAUUCUUGGAUACAACCUCCCUCCCCUUCCCCGCCAACAAUUUGUACCAUAUUUUCGUAUUGAAAAUUUUGAAACAGUUUUAAGGAAUAAACGAAUUGUUUUUAAGUUAACAA